AUGGUUUCCAGUCGUAUUUGGCUUAUCGUUGGGCUUGCCGCUGCGACAGUUCUGGUACUCGUCGUUCUCGUUUCGGUAGCAACUCACCUUGUACUUCUGGCCCGGCGUCGUAAAUUGAGGAAAGGUAAAGCUUCCCCCAGAGGAUUUGGCUCGGAUGGACUUGUGGGGAGGGACCUGGAGAGGGGGGGCCUCGUUGACUCUGAUUCAACGAUCGAAACACUACCCGCCUCGUAUUCGAUCGUACCACGAUCUCACGACUCCCAGUUAACCGCGUACAAUGAAGCUGAUAUCUCGUUGGCCAAGUAUGAGGAUGAUACCCGUUUAGAAUCUACCGUACAUUCGACGCCAUUCAAGUUUUCCUACCAAUUUGACGAUGCUUCAGAAGAAGUUUCCUUGCUCCUCCUCAAUCCACACAGUCCCGAUGGCCAUCCCUCCGAAGAACCUGAAUAUCCCUUAUCUUCCCAGCGCAGAAUUCCCCAAGAUCUUCCAUCACUAGCCAUCCCCUCACCGAAAUCGAAACAAAUCACUGUCGUUAGUCCCGUACCCUCAUCAACCCCUUCGUCUCCCCCCUCUGCGUACUCCCAAACAUCUGCUACAACGCAACUUCAGCGAACCCUGACCGGACUAGGUGGCAGGAUGUCUCCACCACCAGUUCCACCUCUUCCUCUACUUCCAGCUUCUCCCACCUUACCCUCUCCGCUUUCACUACACCUCUCUCCUCUUCCCGAACGCGGAGCAGAAAUUGAGCCGGAAUCGGAUCUUCACCGAGUGCCCACCGCGGUAAUAUCCCACCUUCUCAAAUCCCGUGGGGCUAACCUUCUAAGGAUCCCUACUUUCGGUUUGGACGCAGAAGGCGCUGAGCACAUUGAGCGAUCCGGAUCGAUAAUUUCAUACCAUCACAGCGGGAUCACACAGAAGCGGAUAUUCGGGAAGAGAAAGUGGGAAGGGCUUCAAUCGUUGAGGGAACAAGUAGGGACGGGAGAUGAAGAAGAGAAUGAAGAAGAAACAGAGGAAGUUAUCAAUGAGGACGGACGGACGGAUCAACGAAUUCCGUCGCUGUCGCAUCACGAGGCAGAGUCGGGCCAAGUGGAGUGUGUAAAUGCGACGGUGAGACCGUUGAAGAUAUUGAAGCUACAGAGGUAG